AUGUCUAACUCUUGCAAUACUCCCCUCCUUCUCAACGACUCUAACUACUCAACCUGGUCGUUUCUUAUGGUAGCAAAACUAAGCAAAUACGAUGCCCUCGACGUUGUCUUAGGAAACAUCAAAAAGCCAAAGUUGGAAGAUCCAGAAAAACCAACGAAGGAAUCCUUGGACUAUGAGGAAGUCAAUCGGCUCGCGUACAUCGAAAUCAUAGAACAUCUCGACAACAAUCAUCUGGCCUACGUCUCACAGGUACUCGUCGACAAAACCUCAAGAAAUAUGCUGGCGACGACUAUUUGCAAAGGAUCUCGCACUCGAAAGUUCUAG